AUGUCUGCGGCUGUUGCUUCGACCGUUUCGACCACUCUAGCUAAUCAUACCGACCAUCGUAAUUCUUCCCCAAUGGACGCGAAAAAGGCCGGCCUAGACACUGAAGGUGAGUACAUCUACUGUUCCGAAUCUCGUGUGCGCGCGCGUGGAACUCUGAGCAUCUGCUCGGCCACAGAUUCCCGGGCAGCAUCGUCGGAUCUCAAAGACCCGAAGCCUGAUGUAGAUGCUCAAGCAUCGUUGGCACCACCUCCACGACCAGCCAUAACAAGCGCGACUGACACUCCCGAUUACUUCAACUCCGUUCACAACCCAUUUUCUCUUGAACCCAACCCUUUCGAGCAAUCCUUCGGCAGUGGAGGCUCCUCGGGUGAAACCCCCGGGAAGUCGAUUCUUCCCCCUGUCGCAGCACUUACUUCCCCUGCUCUGCCAGGGGCUACUUCUGCAAGUGGUGGCUACGGCUGGUCCAACUCGUUGCGCUCCGGGCCGCUGAGCCCUGCUAUGCUCGCUGGGCCGACUGGAUCCAACGACUAUUUUGACAGCAUCGGUAGAGGCUUUCCUACCCCUAACGAAUCUUCUCUCCGUACUGGAUUGACCCCAGGCGGAGGAGGCUCUAUGUUCCCGGCCCCCAGCCCAAAUUCGCAGGCACUUCUGCAGCAACUGCAAAGUGGGGGUGCGACACCGUCGACCAUUGAAUUUCACCGGACUGCACUGAAUGCCGCUAAGAAGAACAGUUUGAAUGGUCCCACCUCUAAUCCAACUUCUGAUCCCGAUCCGGCCACUCAAAACUCCACUAUGGAUAUGAAACCCAACCCACCUGCAGGUGCCGACCCGUUCGGUCAUCAUGAUGCUGCCGAUGCCGCUAAUGGGCUUUUCAUGCUAGCCAAAGGCGGACAGGCGAACCCCAACCAGUUCGCUGUAUCGAAUCAGACAUCAAUUCAGCCACAGAGCAUCCAGGCCAAUGAUCAACAACUUGACCCUGGUGCAGACAGACGUAAUUCACAAAAUAUCAAUGGUGUAGCAGGCCGAGAGACCAGUGGCGAUGUUUCCGAUAUGCAGGGUGAGCAGACGAAGCCUGCUGGCAAGAGCAAAGCCAAGAAGAACUCAGGAACGAAGGCCAGCACCGCUGGAAACAACAAGCGCAAGCUAGAAGAUGCACCCAAGGGUUUCAACAAAAAGGCCAAGUCGAGUAACGGAGCUGGCAGCGUUGAGCCUCCUUCUGAUGCAGCGGACUCAGAAGAUGACGAUGAUGAUUUGAAGAGGAAGUCGACGACGGAAUCCAAGAAAAUGACUGAUGAGGAAAAGCGAAAGAACUUCCUCGAAAGAAACAGGGUUGCGGCGCUUAAGUGUCGUCAGCGAAAGAAGCAGUGGCUUGCCAACCUUCAAGCUAAGGUCGAAUUGUUUACCUCCGAGAAUGAUGCACUCACUGCCACCGUCACUCAGCUUCGUGAGGAGAUCGUCAAUCUCAAGACCCUUCUGCUAGCCCACAAGGAUUGCCCAGUCUCCCAAGCUCAGGGUCUUGGGCCCCUCAUGAUGAAUGGCAUGUCGACAGGAUUUGAUGCGCACCCAUACAACAUCGCUAACGGUAUGGGAAUGCAACCUGGAGCGCCUAUCCCUGCGCAGGGGCUGCGACGGUAA